AUUUUGCUGUGCUUGUGGGAAUGGCGUUUUCAAACAAAGCGAUUCAUUCAUUAUUAAUAUAAUCGUAAUCAUUACCUAUCCCUCGUCGAGAAAACACUUCCGACUCGUGCUGUUUUGUGAUAAACAAGCCAAGGGAGAUUAGGUGCUUACCUUCAUAUCGAAGACAGCAGACUCUGCUUGAGUAAAAGAAAAUGCCACUCGCAGUGAACCAUUGCGGGAAUUUCGUGAACUUGGCAUCAGUGUUGAACAUACUUCUGAUAAACGAAGGUCAAGAUCCUGCCGCACCGUCGCCAUUCGCAAGAAUCAGCCGGCGAGUUAUGACCGACGUAAACAACGUUCUGUCCCUAAGUGCUGUUCGCAUGAAAGAUCCCGAGUGGAUCAACCCUCAAAUCAUCGCUUUUGAUCUAGAUUGUACUUUGUGGCCGUUCUGGGUCGAUACUCAUGUCACACCACCAUUUCACAAAAAUGCCGAUGGUACUGUUUUGGAUGCCAGGAAGAGGCAUGUCGAAUUCAUCCCUGGCGUGCCGGAUAUCCUCAAAGAACUCCACCGGAGAGGUAUCAAAUUGGCAGCAGUGUCGCGCACUGGAGAAAUUGCCGGAGCCAAAUCCCUCCUAAAACUGUUUGAUUUCGAGAAAUAUUUCAGUCAUAUUGAAAUAUACCCAGGAUGCAAAGUAGCGCAUUUCUCAAAAAUCCACAGGGAAACAAAUGUCGCGUAUGAGGACAUGAUGUUCUUCGAUGACGAGUUCCGAAACAUCGCAGACAUCAAGAAACUGGGCGUCUUUACGAUCUACUGCCCUGAUGGCAUUGAAGCUAAAGUGGUCGAUAGUUCGCUCAUCGACUUUGAUAAAUCAAGAUCAAAAAGGAGCUGAAUCGUGCUAGUUUGUCUUGCCUGGAUGUGUUGUUUGCUACACUGACUCAGCGCUGUGAUAAGUUUGUUUCAUUGUUUUAUUUUACAAGGUAUGUCCAGAAAGUAUCCAACCUUGUUGAUUAUCUAGUCAUCAACGGUUGAAAAGAGGUUGGGGCUUGGGAUUAUCUUUGCAGGGACUCUCUUGAGUGCAGGUGCACAGCCAGAUCACACGUUGAACCAGUCGUUGGUAAUUUGCUGAUUAGUGUGUGGUAUUCUGCUGUGAUCGUCGGAUUUCGAUUUUCCUAAAAAAGAAGAAGUUCAUGAGAAUGGGGUGGGAAGAGUUUGUGAGGGAGAUCAUCACGGGGGACACGUCUUGGGUCUAGGGGUACAACCCUGAGACAAAAGUGCAAUCGUCAGUUUGGAUCGCACCCGGGAGACCUCACCUGUAGAAAGCUUGGAAGAGUCGCAGCAAUUUGAAGACAAUGUUGACUGUCUUCUUCCAUCAUGAAGGUGUCGUCCAUCAUGCACAUGCUCCCCAAGGCCUCUUAAGCUACGUAACGUUUCUCGGUAGCUCUCUUUACUGAUAGUAGAGCAUAUGGGAGCGUGUUCUUGAUGGACGACACCUUCAUGAUCAAAGAAGACAGUCAACAUUGUCUUCACAUUGCUGCGACUCCUCCGAGCUUUCUACAGGCGAGGUCUCACAGGAGUGAUCCAAACUGACGAUUGUACUUUUGUCUCAGGGUCCCAAGACGUGUCCUCUGUGAUGAUCUUCUUCCCAAACUCUUCCCACCCCACUCUCCCUAACUUCUUCUUUUUUAGGAAAAACGAAAUCCGACGAUCACAGCAAAAUACCACGCACUAAUCAGCAAAUUACCGAUGACUGAUUCAACGUGUGAUAAUCCGGCUGCGCACCUGCACUCAGGAGAGUCCCUGCAAAGAUAAUCCAAAGCCCCAACUUCUUAUCAAUCGUUGAUGGCAAGAUAACCAACAAGGUAGGAUACUUUCCGGACAGACCUCGUAUGAAUGUUUUCUUUAAUUUUUUUCGUUUUUCUUCUUUUGUUUUUCUAUUCAUCCUCUAAUUUGUGUAGGAUCAAUUGAUCAUCAAGAAUGUUACCAAUCAUUAAGGUAUAACUAUCGAUAUUUUAUAAUUGGAACUCAGUUGGUAUUCCAAUGUCCAAUCUGAAGAAUAUUCAAUACAAUAUUAAGUCGCAAAUAGCUUUUAUAUAUUUUUUUUUUUUUCCUAUCAAACUUUAGUGUUAUUGAUAAACCUUAAUUUUUAAUGUGCGUUCUUCAUAAGAAACAGUAAAGAAAAAUAUUGAAAUUGAAAAUGCUCCGCAGUAAUUUUGUUUUUCAUCGUUCGCUAGAUAGAGUGUGUAGAAUGAAUGAAAAGGGUUCCAACACCUGAAAUGAUUGGAAUUUUUUUUGGCAUUCAGUUGUCCGCUAGAAUGAGAAUCUGCAAUAAAUAACACUGUGGGUUACCAACCUCAAAAAAUCCUGACCUUUGAAAUUUUUGUAUUCUUCUUACUACUCUCUGGAACAAAAUGCAGUCAAGGAUCAUGCCAAGAUCCAAGAAAUGGGGAAAAUUAUUAUUUUCCGCGAAUUGAUAACAGAUUACACAAAACGAAACAAAUUGUAUCUUUCCUCAAUCUUUUCAUUAUUUUUAUCAUGUAUCAAGAGAACGUUGAAUACCCAUUUCCUGUUUUAUUGAAAGCAGUUCUAAAAACAAGUCCUUAACCAUGAUUUUCUGCAUUAUUAUGGUUUAACCUGUCGGUUGCAGCAAAAAAGAUUGCAUAGAAUCAAAGCUGAUCAAGUUUCCUAUCAUAAAAAAAAAAAUGUCUCAUCAUCUGUGAAAUCGUAAAUUGAUUCGUUUGUCACCUGUAUUUAACAUGAAACUCUUUGAAAAGUUUUCUUUUAAUCUUUAAUAAUAGAUCUAACUUUUAAAAUGAAACGGAAGAUGGAAGAUUGAUUUUGGUUCAGGUCUCGAGCAGUGCUUAUAAAUUUAAGAAGGAGAAAAAAAACAUACUCUAAAGUGAUGAUUGCAAGGCUUAGCGGAAGAAACAUCAAACAAAAAAUCGUGCAAAAUGGGUCCUAACUUGGUAACUGGUGGAUGUACUUAAAAUGAUCCUAGAAAAUGUUGAACUUCUUCAAUUUUGAAAACUCUUUGGAAAAGAUGCUGCAAAUAAAUUUUGACUUAAAAUAUGUCUGUUGCCGGUAUAGAAAUACAAACGUGUGAGUAGAUUUUUAAAGGGUAAAAUGGCACAAUGGUCACCUUUAAAAAGUCUUAUAUGCUCCCUAGUGCUUAAUCUGCGUAGUUUGCUACGUAAUUGCUGUUCUUGUUGUUUAUUUUUCUUGUUUGCACGAAAAGCGUGACCUUUAAUAGUGGUGCUUGUCCCCGCAAACCAUCUCUCCAUUUCAUCAAUCGGCUCGGCAACUCGAGGUUUUGUUGGUAAAUAUCAUGUUUAAAAUUGUCAAUUACCGCUAAUCGUUAGGUGCCAUUACUUGCCUCCAAAAUCGGUGAUUGGAAACUUCCCUCAGACGUGGGAAAUUCGAGGAAAGGUGUUCCAAACUACGCCAAUUGCACAUCCAGAAGUAGAUUUCAGGCUUACUCAUAUAUUUUUCGGGUAAAUCUUAAACUUUUUAGCGUACCUCCGGACUCCUCGAUUUUGGACAUGGCGGCCAUUUUGAAUUUGUCGCCCCAGGAUACGAAGGUUUCAAUUGCUAGAAUAAGGUGUCUCAAAGGCCCUAGAAGUUACCUUAAAUGGACCGAGUUUAACAGAAAGGAACAAAGACACAUCAGCGAUUGCCAAGUUUAACUGGGCAAUUAAAUUUUUUACGAAAGAACGGUUGUUCGGAUUUCUUUGAAAAUUUUGAGGAAUUUGCUUCGCACCACGGAGAAUUUUCACUGAAAUUUGUACGAAAAUCCACUUAACCGUUUUCAUGUAAAAAAUUAAAUUGCGCAAUUAAAUUUGGCAAUAACUGAUGUGGCUUGGUUCCUUUCUGUUUAACGUGGUUCAAAUGUUUCAGGGUGGCACAAGAAAGAGACUUCAUGGUUCCUAGACUAUUAGCUCUGCCAUACUCUGGCAAGCGGUAUGUCCCAGCACGUCUUAAUAUCUUUUUGCUAAAAUACAAUUGAAACACGUAGGAUAAUUACUCAGGGGCUUGCAAUUUUAGUCAGUAUGUAGAACUUGAAGCAAAUUUUAGAUAGGCAGCCCCAAGAAUCUAUUGAUGUGAACACAUGAGCAUCUAGGUACUAGUACAGUACUGACUUGCGAAAAUCGUCACUGCUGAAUUUCAAUUACAUUCUCCUUGCAUGAUUUAAGGCUUAUUCUGCACGAAUUUUUUUACAUACCUAGAUUCGGAAUUACAUCACAUACUUUUUCACAUAAAAUCGGAUUUCUGGUUCCAAAUGUUUGUUUGAUAAUUAAUAAUUUAAAAUUCUAUGUGUGUACCUCUCUAAAAUUAGAUUCCCUCAAUACACAGAUGCUCUCUUUAGCAAUCAUUCACCUGAACAUAUUGCUCCUUGACUUUCCUCCGAGUAGCUCUCAAUAGGACUUGGGCAACAUUUUGCUACUUUUUAUUAUUGUCAUUUUAUUUUCAUUGGUAUCCCAAGGGGCCAUUCAUUAAAUAUGUAAUGAUAACUUUGGAAUUUUUUGACCCCCUCCAUCUCCCUCCCUCGAAAUGUUUUUGUGUAGGUCCCUAUCUCAUACCAUGUUAAGAGAAAUUUGCACAGCGCUGUCCACGGCCCUCUUCCUAGAAAGUCACGUUUUUUUAAGAACGGCUCCUUUGUUUCCUCAUACAUUUCUAAUCUUUUUACAAUUUUCGUAUUUUUCUAUGCAAACAAGUAAAUGGUAAAAAUUAUUUGAUUGUGUAACCAUAACAGAUUUAUGAUAAAGUUAAUUGACUGCCAGUAUUUUUCAUCUGACAUUGGAAUGUCGAAGUAAUUGGAACUUCGAUCAAAGAUCAGUGUUUUCAUACAUUUCAAUACAAUUUUUUCCCCCUAAUUUUCGAUGUAGUUAUUCAAAGUUUUUUCCUUUUACUUUUUUUUAUGAAAGUCGUACCAACUUUUAUUUCAAUUUUCAUAAGAAUAGUUAGACGUUUGGAAAAAAACAGAUUUUUAAGUGAUUUAAUCUUCUCUAUUCUUCUUCAAAAUUUCGCCCUAACUCAGGUUAGUUUUUUUACCAGAGGUGUAACAUUUCAAGCAAUUUGUCAUAAUUUCUAAAUUGUAUGCAAUUCUGACUGUAUUUAAGCAAAUGAAAAAACACUAAAAAUGUGACCUGAAAACUGCAGGUGAAAGGGCUGGGUCCACUCGAUUCUGCGGUUAACUCAAAGCAAUAAGAAUAUCCAAAAAUCCCCUCGGUUUUGCGCUGGAACUCACCACAGUUUAUUUUGUUAUUUUACUGCUAAUGUUUUCACCUUGAUUUCCUUGCAAAUUAGUGUGAACUUAGCCAGUGUUCGAAACUCACAGGCGCCAAAUGCGCCUAAAAAAGCGGUCAUGACGCCUGAUAAAUAAAGGCCCUGCACCAACGUGACCCCUAAAAAUUGCCCCCUAAACAUCUGGAUUUUCAUAGGAAGUCGCAUAUAGAAAGAAAAACAAAUCUAUUUGAAUUCAAAAAAAAACUCAGCAUUUUCAGCACCACAAUCAGUGAAAGCUUUUUCUAUUCUUCACAAUUCCAUUCUUAGUGCUUUUGUCUUCCCCAAGCAACAGCUACUCACUGGUUCUGUUCCGAAAACAUCUUGCGUCUAACUUUCCACUAAAUGCGCCGUAAUAUAUACGCAAUAAAUCAAUUUGGCCCCUAAUAAAUCUUCAAUGGUGCCGAAAAAUCGGGCCAAUCGGGGAAAAAUAUGCGCCACAUGGCUCCUAAAACUCAAAUGUGAGUUUCGAACACUGGACCUAGCACUAUUCUACAAUCCUGUUAUAUAGAAACCUCAAACCGCCAUAAAACGUUUUAGGUCUUUUAUGAUUGUUUCGUAAUUGUUUUUGUUAUUUUAUUUUAAACGUAGAUUAUGUGUAUCUAGAAUAAUGAUUCAGAACUGGACCGAUUAUAAUUCUGUGUUGUCAAAGCAGGAAAAAUAAUAAAAAAAAAAUCCGAAAUUA